UUUCUUGCCAGCGCUGGCCCCUGCUCUCCCCGCGCCGCCGCCCCUGUUAGCACCGUCAGUUUGCCGUCGUCAUGCCGCGGCCUCCGCAUGCCGCUCAUCGAGACAGGAGCUCGGAGACCCACGCCUCGAGUCUGCGCUUGAGGUCCCACGCGCCGCCUCCUCGCAGCCGGGUCAGUGCGCCGCCGGCCAAGGCUGCCGCCGCCGGGAGGUCGGGUCCUGUGCCGAGCCGGGAGCCGGGAGUAGUGAGCUGCGCCUGCUCAUGCGUGCGCCCGCCGGUCCCGCACCUUCGCACGCCUCCGUGCGCCCCGGCGGCCUCGCCGCCGUCCCCGCUGCCAGCGCGGCUCAGCCCCUCCGCCGCCAGCCUCGCGCGCUGCGGCUCCAGCUCCUUCGCCGCCGGCCAGUCCAGGCCUCCGCGCGGUAGCCCUGCGCCCGCCCGGAUCCGCUCCCGCCUGGCGCGAUGGGAAGCGGUCGGCCCCUUGCCGUGCCCCGCCUCACCUCGCCGCCGUCGCAGGGGGAGAGAGAGGGGAGGGAGAGAGGGAGGGCCGGGCUCCUGCUCGCCGGAGAGGGAGGAGAUGCGGCAAGAAACAAGGGGCGCCCCCUGGGUUGACGGAGGAGGCGACGGCAAACCGACGGAGGUAAUAGAUAGCUAUAAGGGCAUGUACAAUGGCAAUAAUUACAUCGUCUAUUAGCGGUCUAAUCCGAUUACCAAAGCACAGUUAAUGCCGAACCGGGCGAUGCCGUCACCUCGCCAGACGACGGCACGGGCUCGUGCCUCCGAGCGCUUGUAGAUGGCUCGCCGGGCGUUGUACGGGGCGGUGGCGACGGCGGGAUCGAUCCUUUGCUCUCGCGCAAGAUUUUGGCCCAGACGCUCGUGAUUCUGGCGGCAAAACUCAUCUGCGCACGCUCUUUUUCCCCCUAUAUCCAUCUGCCCCCUUCGUCAAAUCCCCACCCACAAGCCCCAACCUCCAACUACGGCAAAAUCAAGGGGAGCAAUGGCGUCGGGGAAGGACUCGGCGGCUUCAGCUGCUACCGCGGCGCGCGAGCGGAAGGCCAUUGCUGCGCGGGCGCGGGCUCUGAAGCUCGGGCUUGCGACGACGGCGGCGGCGCAGGGCGGGAAGGCCGCGAAGACAACAGCGCGGGGGAGGAACGAUGCAACACUGGCGUAGCAGCGGUUGGUGGAGGAUCCGCCUGAAGAGCAAAGGUUCGCCGCCCCAAUCCUCUCUGUCGGCCCAAGAUCGACCCCUGGGCGAAGCUUUGGCGCCGCCCCAAGCCUCGCUGCUGGCACUAGAUCCACUCCUGUGCAAAGCAAUGACGCCUCCCCAAGCCUCGGUGGUGGCACUGGAUCCACUCCUGUGCAAAGCUUUGCCGCCGACCCAAGAUCAACAGGAGGUUUCUUCUUCCCGGCCGCCUCAAGGUACAACGGCGGCAUGAACUUCUCCAGCAGCCCAACCUUGAUGUCGUCAACCAUGGCUAGCCAUCCAUCACGGACUCAACCAGGGAUUCAUGCCGAUCCAAGAGAUUGGGACAAUGAUCCAGUUCCACCAGGCGGCUUCAUGAAAAUGUUCGAAAACCAGUCUGAGAAUUCUCACCUUGUUGGGAGAACCUCUCACGGUGCCCCACCGGUUGAAGAACUAGCACCCACUCCACCAGCUAGAGGGAACCAGAAUAUGGACAAGGAACAAAGUGGUAGGAUUGAUAAGCGGAUUCUUUGGACACAAGACGAAGAUUUAAGAGUGAUGAACGCUUGGUUGAAGAACUCGGUGGACUCUGUCAGCGGUAAUCAUAAAAGGAAUGAGCAGUAUUGGGGUGAUGUUGCUAGGACAUACAAUGUUACAACACCGAGUCAUAGGCGGAGGAACUUGAAACAAGUAAAAGAUAGAUGGCACAAGGUUAACAGGUGGACCGACCUGUUUCAUUGUGCCUGGCUGAAAGCUCGUAGAUUGAAUACAAGCGGGUGGAAUGAUCAGAUGUGGAUUGAUGAAGCCCACAAGUGGUACGUGUCUGACAACGAAGAACUCAAGCUAGGACAUUUUGUGUUGAUGAAUGUUUGGUAUGCUGUUAGAAAUGAGCCAAAAUGGGUAACCUACAAUGAUAACCUCCGAAAUGCACGCAAAAGGAAGGGAUCAGACCACGUGGCUGAAGAGGAUAGGGAAGAAGCAGACCCUUUUGAUGUCACUGUAAAACCUAGACCGAUGGGUACAAAAGCAGCAAAGAAGGCAGCACAUGAAGUAAAGGUGCACUCCAUGUCUUCCUCAACAGAAGAUGCAGAUGUUACAAUUCUCAAAGAAGCUCAAGCAAACAGACUAAAGGUACUAGAAGUACAGCAGGAAUUAUCAACAGAGAGGUUGGAGUCAUCAAAGAUUGCCCAUCUAGCAGCAAAGGAGCACAAAGAGGCCAAACUUGCUGAGAAGGAAGCCAAGACUCUGGAGGUUAAAGCAAAAAUGAUGGAGACAUAUAACUGUCUACUUGCAAAAGAUGUUGGGCUAAUGAACGCUGAGGAAAAGGAUGAUCAUGUUGCAACACUCAAGUACUUGAAGAAGUCAAUAUUUCCUGAUAUGUACUAAGCCAACACCUUCCCCAACUUUGUCAUGGAGUGGGCUGCAUCAUAGAACCAGAGGAGCUGUACUUCGUCAACCAGUUUGAUGAUUAGUUCAGAGCUUAGAGUCAAUUAGCUGUCCUUCAUCUACCUGUGUGUACAUGUAUUUUAUUUUUAUUUUGUUGCCUCCAUGUGUGAACAUGUGUAUGGUCUGAGCGAUGUCAGACUAAAUUAGUGACAACAUCAAAGCAAGGAAUGCUGCAAAUGCUUCUGGUCGUAGUCGUAGUCGCCGCCGCGGUGGGACGAGGACAGUCAUACCACGAAAUAGAGAGGCUGGUCAUGAUGAUAUUGUAGCAAACUACUUCUGUGAGAAUCCCAUAUACACCGACAUGCAGUUCCGUCAAAGGUUUAGAAUGACAAAGCCACUCUUCCUUCGAAUUGUAGCUGCUCUCGGCGAUUGGUCACCGUAUUUCAAGCAAAGAGUGGAUGCAACAGGUAGAUAUGGUUUGUCACAGCUACAGAAGUGUACGGCGGCCAUAAGAAUGCUAGCAUAUGGUACCCCUGCUGACUCUCUUGAUGAGGUUAUCAAAAUUGGCACGAGCACGACUUUGGAGUGUUUGGGUAAAUUCGCUGAAGGGGUGAUUGAAUGUUUUGGUCUAGAUUACUUGCGUCCUCCCACAACAGAAGAGCUUGAAAAGAUAUUGGAAGAGAAUGAGUUCCAUGGUUUUCCAGGGAUGAUUGGAAGUAUCGAUUGUAUGCAUUGGGCAUGGAAGAAUUGCCCGACUGCUUGGAGAGGCAUGUUUACACGAGGUGACAAAGGUGUCCCUACUAUGAUCCUUGAAGCAGUAGCAUCGCGAAAUCUUCGUAUUUGGCAUUUCUUUUUUGGAACAGCGGGUUCUAACAACGACAUCAAUGUGUUGAAUAGGUCACCCCUGUUCAUCGAUGUUCUGAAAGGGAUAGCUCCACGGGUCCAUUUCACUGUUAACGGGAAGCAAUAUGAUACUGGGUACUACCUCGCUGAUAGAAUAUAUCCAGAGUGGGCGGUCUUCGUGAAGACUAUACCAGGACCUCAAACACAGAAAGAUAAAUUAUAUGCAAAGGAACAAGAAUCAGUAAGGAAGGAUGUUGAGUGUGCAUUUGGCGUCCUGCAAUCACGUUUUAAUAUUGUUCAACGGCCAGCACGUUUGUGGAAACGGGAUGAUGUUGUCAACAUAAUGCAAGCUUGUGUAAUUCUUCACAACAUGAUAGUAGAAGAUGAGAAGGAAUUGGUUAGAGUUCCUUUGGAUUUGAAUGAAAAUCCAAAUGCAUCGAUUGCGCUACCACCAGAAGUCGGUACUUCUGCUGCACCUAAUCCCGUAUUCGCCGAUGUACUAAGGAGAAAUUCUGCUAUUCGAGCUCGCUCAACACAUGUUAAACUCAGGGAAGAUUUAGUGGAGCACAUAUGGCAGCGCAAAGAAAAUAAGGAAAAUUAGUUCUCGUGGUGCAAUUGAACUAUAUUCAAAUACUAUCAUGUAUUCUUUUUGGUGAUAUAAAUAUACUAGAUUCUUACGGGCACAAGUGAUUUAUUUGCAUGCACAAAUGAUUCUUUCAUGUGUGCCACAAAACAAUACACAAAGAUCCACUCCACAUGUUUGAUCACCAUGUUUCAUGAGUCUAGGCAUGUAUUAAAUAGUUUGUAGACAUCCACAUAGACACACCAUUGUACAGGUUGUCUGUUUUGUCGUCUGCGUGCGGUAUUCUAGACACAUACAGACGGCAGCCGUCUAAGCAUUGUGCUUGCCCUAAUGUGGCUUCUUUUGAUGGUAAAUAUCUAGGCACCGUAUCCUAUGGAAACCAACUCUUUUGUGCAAACUUUAGAAACUCCAACUGAGGCCACAUGAUCCUCAUCCAAGGGCACUAGACAGAGGUGAGGACAUUUUGCAAUUAGGCGCCCGCCUCUCCUCCACCAUGGCCUGCAAGUUUUGCAAUUUGCCCCUCCCUCCGAGACCCCCCCGCACUGAACUGGGCCAAUAGCACCGUCACGAGCGCUGAUGGUUCCUUCUGUCAAGGCGCCGCCGCCCUCCACAGCCUUCAGUAGUGCCGCCGCAUACGUCGCACGGGUCGCCGCGGCCCCCUCGCCGACGAGAGGCUGCCCCUUCGCCGAGCCGCCGCCGACCCAUCCCCGCGCCGCCGAUUUGUUGGCCGAGCCGCCGCCCCUUCGCCGAACCGCGGCGACCGCCGACCCAUCCCUACGCCUCCGCCCCUUCGCCGAGCCUCCGUCGCCCUUUUCGCCGCGCCGGAUGUGGAGUUUCGAUUUGCAGUGUAUCCUGUCAACGUGGGGAUCCCCUGGAUGUGGAGUUCAAGCAUGCAAGCUAGUUUGUAGUGAUUGCAAGUCUAUAGUUCAGGGCAAGCCAUAGUUCAGAUCAACACAGGAAGAUACUCUGUGACUCACAUCUCCUACAUCGAUUCUAUUUUUUGUGUUGUUGAUAUGAAUUUGGAUAACAGCAGCUGUGCUAUACCUGAGAGGAUUCAGGAUCCUUGCACAAUUGGUUUGCUGCCCAGCAAUUCAGGAGGGAAGAAUUGAUGAAAUUGAAUUGUGUACUAAAAUGAUUGACCAGUUGUUUGUACAUUCAGUCCACCAUUUGUACAAAAAAUAAUUGAUGAGAUUGAAUUGCGUUCUGUCAUUUGAAAUUAAUUACAUUGAAUUGUACUAUGUCAUAUGAAAAUAUGUAAUGGAAUUGUGUUCAGUCAUUUGGUAA